GCCUCUUUAUCCUCCUUCCUUACGACCCUCCGCACCCGCCCGGCUGCCGUGUGGAUGCGGGCCGGGGUGCCUGGCUGCGCGGGCGGCGAGAGCCGAUGCUGAGGGGCCGGAGGAGGAUGGAGUGCACCCUCGAUGCGCAGAGUUUGAUCAGUAUUUCCCUGCGGAAGAUCCACAGCUCCCGCACGCAGCGAGGCGGCAUCAAGCUCCACAAGAACCUGCUCGUCUCCUAUGUACUCCGCAACGCCCGGCAGCUCUACCUGAGCGAGCGCUACGCCGAGCUCUACCGCCGCCAGCAGCACUACCCCGACGGCGCCCCGCUCCUCGCCAUGCCCGCCUGCCCGCCGCCCGCCGCCGCCGCCCCGCCGCAGUGGGAGCCGCCGCCACCAGAGCCAGCCGAGCCUGAGGGAGGGGAGCUGGAGAGUUUCUGCUUCUUCACCCCGCAACAACCCGCCGCCAUCUUGGAGCCGUCUCCCCCCACGCAGCGCUUCCGACCCAUGGCGGGGGGGCCGGCCGGCCGGCCGGGGGACGUGCGGCGGCCCGCUCCGCCUCCUGCCGCGCCCGCUUCGCCUGCACGGGGAGGGGGCGGGAGAGGGGAGGAUGAGUGAGGAGCAGGAGAGAGGAGAAGCGGCGGGGAAAGGGAGGAGAAGAGAUAGAGAGAGCUGUUAGAGCGACCCGCUUUGGCAAUUACUUCAUAACCAGUAAAUAGCAGCUCGGAGUGUAGACCCACAGCUGCAGAGCCAGCGGCCAUGACCCGGUGAGACCACGGCCCUGGGUGCUGGCAGCUCAAGGGAAGUGAAAUCCAGAGGAAAAAGGAUAUGAGUUCCUGCUGUUCUCCAGACACCAAAAAUUAAGCUUAUUAAGGAGGGGAAAUAUGUUUUAUAUUAGUAUUUUACAUUAGCCUCGCAUAUAGAGAUAGCUAUAUGGAUGGAGAGACUUAGAUACAGCCAUAAAGUACUUCAAAAUCUGUAUGUAUAUUUAGAAAAUAAGACCUCACCCGUCAGUGUUAUGCAGCCAUCUCUGGUACGGGAUGUAACAGCUGUUUAACAUAGAAUAGCAACACUACAGUAUCAAGGAAGACAAGGGGGUGAGGACUGCCACACAGAGUUAAAAUAAAAUCACAGAUUUAGAGAGACAGCCUUACACAAGCUGAAAUGCAAUAUACAGAAAUAUUUCAGUCUCAAGCUAGAGACUCAGUUUUACAUUUCUUGACAGAAAUGGUUUCUCCAACAUUGUCAUUAUAUGAAUUUUGACUGCAUCUUAAAUGAUGGAUUUGAAGAGAAAAUCCCCAAUUACUAGAUCUUUAAUACUAAUGAGUUAAAAGGCCCUUUGAAGGUUUCUGUCCAAAUACUGGCCUAAACUCCUCUUGCUUUGACUGUGAAUCAUAGUCUGAAGUAAAACAGCUGCAGGGAAUAAUAGCAAACAGAGAGAAGAAUUAGAUGGUGUGAAGCAGUCUUUUCCAUUUUUAAAUGUAAUGUUUACAUUUGGAGCUGGUGAAUACUUGAGGAGUAUCACCUUCCCAAACAACUUUCAAGUUUCUUUCAAAACAAAGGCAUUGUUUUUCACUUAGGGAUUCAUUUGUUUAAAAUCAGUUAGCAGUGGCACUUUCUGUUGCUUUUGGGAAAAUGGUUUCUCCAGGUAUUGAAUUCUGUCUUUUUCUCAUUUUUUAACAUCCCGUAUCAGUUAACACCAAUAUUUAUAAAAAUAUUCAGUAAUUGUAAAAGCUUACGAUGCAGACAGAAAUAUUAAUUUUUCACUCCACUGGGACAAAUACUUGGAUUGUUCUUUGUAAGACUCAAAGCUAGGACUGAUACUCUUAUGCAAUAUCAAGACUACUGAUAAUGAAUAGUGAUAACUUUUUGAUUAAAUAUCGUAUCACAAUGGUCCCUAAGUAUAUUACUUAAUCAUUAAAAACACCAUACUUUUUC